AUGCCGUUAGUCAUGAAUUGGUGGGGUAGUAACGAGGUUAAUGUAAAACGUGCCCCGCCGGUGUCCCAAACCCGAUAUUUUGCAACCGUUAACUCUUUCUUCUCUCUCCCCGACAGUGGCAGGCCACAAAAUGAGGGAAAGGUUGUGGGCCUUUUCCGGGUGGAUGAAAUUGCUUCUGAACCGUUCGAGAAUUCCCCCUUUCCCUUAGCUUUAGCUGCAGAGAGAACACGAAGAGAAGACCCUCUCGAUGGCUUCAAUACGUACACUAAUGGAUGGAAUAUCAGUGACCGCCAUUAUUGGGCUUCUGUGGCAUACACUGCAGUUCCUGUGUUCAGUAUUGCAGCAGUCUGGUUCUUGGGCUUUGGCUUGUGCUUAUUGCUCAUCACUGUUUGUUACUUCUGUCGUAAAAGAGCGCCUUAUGGUUAUUCAUCAACAUGCUAUGCUCUUUCCCUUAUUCUCCUGAUAUUAUUCACAUUUGCAGCAAUAAUUGGAUGUGCAGUUCUCUACAUUGGCCAAGGAAGUUUUCAUCACAGCAUGACUACAACAUUGCAGUAUGUGGUACAACAAGCUGAUUCUACUGUGGAUAAGCUUAGGAAUGUGUCCGAUUAUCUUGCUCAAGCUAAGCAAGUUGGAAUUGAUCGAGUUUUUCUCCCUACUAAUGUUCAAACUGAUAUUGACGAGGCUGAAACAAAUAUCAAUGCCUCUGCUAGCACACUUGCUGAUAAGACAAAGGAGAACUCAGACAACAUACAAGACCUCUUAGAUUCUGCGAGGCUGGCACUUAUCAUAAUAGCUGCUGUUAUGCUAGUCUUGACAUUUCUUGGAUUUUUGUUCUCAAUUUUUGGCAUACAGCUCCUUGUGUAUAUCUUGGUAGUCGCAGGAUGGAUUCUUGUUACUGGCACCCUUAUAUUAUGUGGCUUGUUCCUUGUUCUCCACAAUGCAACAGAAGACACUUGUGUAGCUAUGAAUGAAUGGAUCCAGUAUCCCACAGCACAUACGGCUCUGGACGAUAUUCUUCCCUGCGUGGACAACGCCACUGCACAAGAAACAUUCUUACGAAGCAAAGAAGUAACUUCUGAACUAGUCAAUUUGGUCAACCAAAUUAUCACCAAUGUCUCCAACUUAAAUUUCGCCCCCAAUUUCACUCCACUAUACUAUAACCAAUCUGGCCCCCUCAUGCCGCUCCUCUGCAAUCCAUUCCAUCCUGACAUGACGGAUAGACAAUGCGACGCUGGAGAAGUGACCCUAAGCAAUGCAACACAGGUAUAUGGCAACUUUGUUUGCCAGGUAUCACCAUCUGAUAUAUGCACGACACAAGGGCGUUUGACACCUACCUUCUAUAACCAAGUUUCGGCCGGAAUAAACGUGGGCAACGCCUUGUAUAAUGAUGCCCCAUCCCUGGUUGAGCUACAAGACUGCACCUUUGUUCGGGAAACUCUGAGUGAAAUAUCCAGUGACCAUUGUCCUGGUUUAAAGCGUUACAGUAAAUGGGUCUAUAUUGGAUUGGUAAUGGUCUCUUUUGCUGUAAUGUUCUCCUUGAUCUUCUGGAUUGUGUAUGGGAGAGAAAGGAGACAUCGACUGUAUGCUAAGGACUCAAAAGUCUUAACUCCUUCACCAGCACAAGUACCAGGACACGCAUUAGCACUAGCCCAGAUCCCUGAAGGGGACAAAGAUAAUUAA